CAUUUACCAACCAGAAAACUUGAAGAUGAGCAGCCGACGGAAGCGUGCACCUCCCGUGAAGGUGGAUGAAGAGAAGCAGCAGCAGCUUCGUUGGAAUAUGCACGAAGACAGAAGGAACGAACCUCUCAGCUUAAGUGAUGACGAGCGGCCCUGCCUGGGGUCAGACUCCGCCUCCACUCAUGGCCUCAUCCGGGACGAUAGUCUAACGGAGGAAACGUCUCCCGGAGGAAAGAAGAGGAGUACAGAGUCCGUGAGCAUUUCACACUCGCUUGAUGCGGAAGAGACUGUUGGUCUUUCCCCCCCUUCAUUCAUAAAGUUGAACAUUGUGAUAGCUCCCUAUCAUCUGGAUAACUCUUGGAAAGCAUUUCUGGGAGAACUAACUCUGCAGCUUCUUCCUCAACAGACUCUAGUUGACAAUUUUUCUGAAAGGAGUUUUACGUUAAUGAGUUCAGAGUCAAGCGAUCAGUUGCUGGUCUACAUUCAUUCAGACUGUGGAGAUGGGAAGAAAGAAGAAACAAGCCUCCUAGAACCAAUCAGUAUUGGUGACGAGAGUGUUCAGGUGGAAUCAUCCUUCAGUCGUGAACUUUUAGAAGACUUGGGGUGGCUGCAAAAAAAGAGAAUAAUAAAAUUGUACCAAAGACCAGAAGGAAAUCAUAUUGUCAAGGUUGGAAUUUACCUUUUGGAGUCAGGCCUAGCAAAACUAGACUUCAUGAGUGAUGCACAUUCAAGAAUGAAAAAGUUCAAUCAGCUUAUGAAGAAAGUGAUGGAAAAGUUGUACAAUUUUAUUACGCCAGAUGCAUUGGAAGAGGAUGAGGAAGAUUCAGAGAGUGAGCCGGAAGGACAAGACAUUGACGAGCUGUAUCACUUUGUGAAACGAACACAUCAGCAAGAAACACAGCCCAUUCAAGUUGAUGUCCAGCAUCCUGCAUUGACUCCCGUGCUGAGGCCCUACCAGAGAGAGGCUGUCAACUGGAUGCUGCAACAAGAGCGUUUCAGAAGUGCUCCUGCCAGCGAAAAUGCCUUGCAUUUCUUAUGGCGAGAAAUUGUUACACCUGAGGGUUUGAAACUCUACUAUAAUCCAUACACAGGGUGCAUCAUCCGUGAGUACCCAUAUGCUGGCCCGCAGCUCAUCGGUGGAAUCCUUGCUGAUGAAAUGGGUCUUGGAAAGACAGUGGAGGUUUUGGCUCUGAUUCUGACACAUACUCGACAAGAUGUCAGACAGGAUGCUCUCACUCUUCCAGAGGGAAAAGUGGUGAAUUAUUUUAUUCCACCACAUUAUUCCGGCGGAAAAAGAAAACGCACAGAAACUCAGAAUAUGGAAUCUGAGCCAAAGGUCAGAGUUCAGUGUCCCCCCACUCGUGUGAUGAUUUUGACAGCUGUGAAAGAAAUGAAUGGGAAAAAAGGAGUGUCUAUCCUUUCCAUUUAUAAGUAUGUCAGUUCUACAUACAGUUACGAUGUUCAGCGGAAUAGAAGUCUUUUGAAAAGGAUGCUGAAAUGCUUAAUUUUUGAAGGUCUUGUGAAGCAGAUCAAAGGCCAUGGUUUUUCUGGGACUUUUACAUUGGGGAAGAAUUACAAGGAGGAAGAUGUAUGUGAUAAGAUCAGAAAGCAGACACUGGGGAGCCCUAGGAAGAUCCAGAGAGAAUCUAGGAAAUCUGGAAACAAGGACGCUGACUCUGAAUAUUUGCCGUCAAACACCUCUGAUGAUGAUGAUGAUCCUUAUUAUUACUAUGAUAAGCCCAGGAAAAUUCGUAGUAGAUUGAGGAAGAAGCCUGUUUUGUCCACAAAGAGAGAACCCAGUCAACCUGACAUCAAGCCUGAUUCACAAGGGCUUUGUCCACCUCCCAGUGACUCCCACAUAACUGACAUUUGCAUGUCUGAAAGUAUAGGUGUCUCUAAAGUCCUACAUGAACCCAGUCCCGAGGGCCAGACUGAAUCUCUCCAGCCUGCCGAUGGUGAUGGAGCACAUGGUGAAACCAUGAGCCCCUGCGACUCUGCCGAUUAUCGUUUUGAGUGCAUAUGUGGUGAACUGGGCCAGGUGGACCUUAAGCCUCGCGUUCAGUGCCUGAAAUGCCACUUAUGGCAACAUGCAAAAUGUGUGAACUAUGACGAGAAGAAUCUGAAGAUUAAGCCCUUUUACUGCCCCCACUGCCUGGUUGCAAUGGAGCCAGUAUCAACACGAGCAACCCUGAUCAUUUCCCCAAGUUCUAUCUGUCAUCAGUGGGUGGAUGAGAUAAACAGGCAUGUCAAGUCCUCAUCUCUUCGAGUCUUGGUAUAUCAAGGCGUGAAGAAGGAUGGCUUUUUACAGCCUCACUUUUUGGCAGAACAGGAUAUAGUCAUAAUCACCUAUGAUGUCCUUCGUUCAGAGCUAAACUAUGUGGAUAUCCCGCAUAGCAACAGUGAAGAUGGGCGUCGCCUCCGGAACCAGAAGCGCUACAUGGCCAUCCCCAGCCCACUCGUAGCUGUGGAGUGGUGGAGAAUCUGCCUCGAUGAGGCUCAGAUGGUUGAAUGUCCUACUGUAAAAGCUGCAGAAAUGGCUCAGCGUUUGACGGGGAUUAAUCGGUGGUGCAUCAGUGGUACUCCAGUGCAGAGAGGAUUAGAAGACCUUUUUGGGUUAGUGGUCUUUCUUGGUGUUGAGCCUUACUGUAUGAGACACUGGUGGGUUCGACUUCUCUAUCGUCCUUACUGCAAGAAGAAUCCUCAACCCCUCUACAGCUUUAUUGCCAAGAUAAUGUGGAGGUCGGCAAAGAAAGAUGUGAUUGACCAAAUCCAGAUACCACCUCAGACAGAGGAAGUUCACUGGCUCCACUUUUCUCCAGUGGAGAGGCAUUUUUAUCACCGCCAGCAUGAGGUGUGCUGCCAAGAUGCUGUGGCAAAGCUCAGGAAGAUUUCUGAUUGGGCUCUGAAGCUCAGCAGUCUGGACAGACGGACAGUCACUUCAAUCUUGUAUCCACUUCUCAGGCUCCGGCAGGCCUGCUGCCACCCACAGGCUGUUCGUGGGGAAUUCUUGCCACUCCAGAAAAGCACCAUGACGAUGGAGGAGCUGCUGACAUCUUUGCAGAAGAAAUGUGGAACUGAAUGUGAAGAAGCCCAUCGGCAGCUCGUGUGUGCCCUCAAUGGUUUAGCAGGCAUCCACAUCAUUAAAGGUGAGUAUGCCUUGGCCGCGGAUCUGUACAGAGAAGUCCUGCGCUCAUCUGAGGAGCACAAAGGAAAGCUCAAAACGGAUUCACUGCAAAGACUUCAUGCUACUCAUAACUUAAUGGAAUUGCUAGUAGCCAAGCACCCAGGGAUCCCUCCUACCUUGCGAGAUGGCCAACUUGAGGAAGAGGCCAAACAGCUGCGAGAGCAUUACAUGAGCAAGUGUAAUACAGAGGUGGCCGAAGCCCAGCAAGCCCUGCAGCCUGUGCAGCAGACCAUCCGCGAGCUGCAGAGGAAGAUACAUUCUAAUUCUCCUUGGUGGCUUAAUGUGAUCCAAAGAGCAAUAGAAUUUGCUUUUGAAGAGGAACUUGUUCAGCGAGUGCGAAAUGAAAUAACCUGCAACUAUAAGCAACAAACCGGCAAACUUUCUAUGUCAGAAAAAUUCCAUGACUGCAGAGGACUCCAGUUCCUUCUUACGACACAAAUGGAAGAGCUGAACAAAUUUCAGAAGCUUGUCCGGGAGGCUGUGAAAAACCUAGAAGGACCUCCUUCUCGCGCUGUUAUUGAGUCUGCAACCAUCUGCCAUCUCCGACCAGCCAGACUUCCUCUUAACUGCUGUGUCUUUUGUAAAGCUGAUGAAUUGUUCACAGAAUAUGAAUCGAAGCUAUUUUCUCACACAGUCAAAGGGCAGACUGCGAUAUUUGAGGAGAUGAUUGAAGAUGAAGAGGGUCUAGUAGAUGACCGCGUCCCAACCACCAACCGAGGACUGUGGGCCACAAGUGAGACAGAGCGUUCUAUGAAAGCGAUUUUCUCUUUUGCAAAAUCACAUCGAUUCAGUGUUGACUUCAUUGAUGAAGGAAGUGCUUUAAUGGACCUCUUUGAAGCAUGGAAGAAGGAAUAUAAGUUCCUUCAUGGAUAUUGGAUGGCUCUGCGGAAUCGUGUAUCAGCUGUUGAUGAGCUUGCAAUGGCUACCGAACGACUGAGAGUGCGCCAUCCUAACGAGCCAAAGCCCAGUCCUCCUGUUCUUCAUAUCAUUGAACCACACGAGGUGGAACAAAACCGAAUAAAACUACUAAAUGAUAAAGCCGUUGCUUCAUCACAGCUUCAGAAAAAACUUGGGCAGCUACUUUACUUAACUAACUUGGAGAAGUCUCAAGACAAAACAUCAGGAGGAAUUAAUCCAGAACCUUGUCCAAUCUGUGCACGGCAGCUGGGAAGACAGUGGGCCGUACUGACCUGUGGACACUGUUUCUGCAAUGAAUGCACUUCUAUUAUUAUUGAGCAAUACAGCGUGGGGUCUCACAGAAGCUCCAUCAAGUGUGCCAUCUGUCGCCAGACAACGUCUCACAAAGAAAUCUCGUAUGUCUUCACGUCAGAGAAAGCAAACCAGGAAGAGGACAUCCCUGUGAAGGGCAGCCAUUCUACAAAAAUUGAAGCCGUCGUCAGGACUCUAAUGAGAAUCCAGCUUAAAGACCCCGGAGCUAAAGCCCUUGUUUUCUCAACGUGGCAAGAUGUACUGGACAUUAUUUCAAAAGCUCUCACUGACAACAAUAUGGAAUUCGCACAAAUCAGUCGCAUUAAGACAUUUCAGGAGAAUCUCUCAGCCUUUAAACAUGAUCCUCAGAUCAAUAUUUUGCUGCUGCCCCUGCACACGGGCUCUAAUGGACUAACGAUCAUUGAGGCCACUCAUGUUCUCCUGGUGGAGCCCAUAUUGAACCCCGCCCAUGAGCUGCAGGCCAUCGGGAGGGUGCACCGAAUCGGACAAACAAAACCUACUAUUGUGCACCGAUUCUUAAUUAAAGCAACAAUAGAAGAAAGGAUGCAAGCAAUGCUGAAAACUGCUGAGAAGACUCACUCCAGCUCGUCCUCAAAGCUCUGCGAGGCCCCCGUCCUGACCGUGGCAGACCUGGCAGACCUGUUCACCAAAGAAACGGAAGACAUUGAAUGA